UCAGAUCAGUCGGUCGCAGCUCAAAAAACUCCAGCUAGGCGAGCGCCACGGUUUGAAAAUUCGUGUAUGAGAACAGUUAUCAGGGGAAACAGGCUAAAUUACAUUCAAACAAUAAGAACUAAUGUCCAGUUUGUAAAGCUUUCUGGAGUAAGAAGACAGUGAUGGCACUGCAUCCAGCCAAGGAAGAGGCGCUUCUGGUGUGGAUCAACGGCCUGCAGCUGGAUGAACCGUUGCAGCGAAUCACACACCUGCAGGACGGAAUCCUGCUGCUCAAACUCGUCUAUAAACUGAAAGGGGAGGAGCCCAGUCAGACUCCUGUGCAUUUGCCUCAAGCAGAAAGGCUGUCAAUCGUCUCUGACUUCCUCCACAAUGUGUGUCAUGUGGAAGAGUGUGUCAUUCUCACGCUGGCCAAGGGAAGGAUGCUGGAGAUGGAGCUCAUCAAGGUUGUGCUGCUCCUGUGCUACUACGGACUCGUUAACAACAGUCUCGUGCCCAAAGUGGACUAUGAAACUGAGCUGCAGAUGGCGACCAUGUUGCGUUAUGUUGAGCAAGGAACCAGCGGUCUGUCUCUGCGCGCAGGCCUGGACAAACUUCUCUCCACAAGCUCGCUGAUCCAGACCUCUUCUGUGAGCAGUAUGUCCUCUAUCAGCGAGGACGGCUCACCCAUUUUUCCCCGGGCACGCCCUCUGCUCGUCAACUUUGUGGAGCUGGACACAGUGGCCUCCAGCUCAUUUGUCAGCUCUCCUCUCCAGGAGUUGAUGAGCACACCUCAGGUGCAGGUGAAGCAGUUGCGUAAAGAGUUGGCGCGCGAAGGAGACGUGCGAGACGAGCUAGAACGAGAGCUGUCUGAGCGCAUCACUCUCCUCUCAGAGAAAGAGGGGCAGAUCAGUCAGCUUCAGCACAGGCUACAGCGCUUGCAGAGGGAUCAGGAGGAGAUGGACAAGGAGCACAAAGCUACAAUGACUGAGCUGCAGCAGAAGAAUGAAGGACUCCUGACACGGGUACACGAGGUCUUGAAGCAGUGUCGAGACCUUAAAACAGACAACAGCCAGAAAGAGAGACGGAUUGACGAGCUGAUGGAGGAGAACGGCUCUCUUGCCGCACAGGUGAGGAACGCCUUCUCCCAGCUUGCAAGGGCAGAGGAGGAAGUCGCUAAACUAACAGAAGCCCACAAGUCCUCCCAGAUGGAGUGGGGGAACAGGAGGGACUUGCUGCAGAGAGAGCUAAGCCAGGCCAUCACCGACAGGGAAUGUCUUUCUGAGCAAAUUCAGAUUUUACAAGGAAAGAUCUCUGUUUUGGAGGAUGAACUCGCCAAACUCUCCCAGCAACCCCAAGAGAAAGGUGAAGUCCUGGGACCGAUUGUAGAACGGGAGAAACUGAAGCAGGAACUCACAGACUUGACUCUAAAGCUUUCCCAACUCGAAGAAACCAUUUCCCUUCUUGAGAAGGAGAAAAUGUCAGUCGAAACACUUUUAGUGGAAGAGAGACGCUCUUUUGAAAAGGAAACCCUGCGCUUGGAGGGACGCAUUUCAGAUCUUCAGCAGUCAAUAAACAAUAUACAAGCAGAGAAGGAUGCUCAGGAACAAGCCUCAAGGACCACACAAGAAGCUCUCACCUCCCAGAUAGCAGCUUUGGAAACUGAUCUGGCUCAUCUUCAACGGCUAGAAGUUCAACUAACGGAAGAGAUUGCUACAUCUGCCGAACUGCGCCAGCAACGUGGAAUGCUGGAGGCUAAGGUCACCUCCUUGGAGGAUAUGGUUAAUAUGCUGCAAUCCAAGUGCCAAAAUAUGGAGGCAGAAAAUGCAACACAGCAGGAAGUUCUUAAUGCUGUCAGGGCUGAUUUGCAAAAUGCCCAAAUUUCGCUUGUGGAAUACGAAAAAAAAUUGGCAGACCAUCAAAAAGUGGUAGAGGAGAACACCUCUCUCCGAGCCAGAAUCUCUGCUUUGGAUGAUACCAUUGCAAAUCUACAAACUGAGAUCGAUGCAGAGAGAAAAAGAGGUGAUGAACUUUUUAUAGCAAAUGAGCAGCAGAAAGCUAUGAUGGAGGAAAAGUUUCAAAAACAGGAGCAAAAAGCUCAUGAGAUGUUUGCUGAGCUAGAGACUCUGAGCCAAGAACUUCGCAAAAUGAAGCAUCAGAAACUUGAAGCCGAAUCCUGUAUUGAGAGGUUAACCCAAGAAGGAGUAGACCUUAAAGCAAGUUUAGUAGAGGAGCGGGAUCGAGGCCAGUCACAACUGGCUCUAGUAAACAAGGCCAAAGAGGAGAGGGAGAUAGAACUGCAGCAAAUUAUUACAGAUAAUCAAAGCAAAAUAUCAGACUUGCAGUGUAAGAUUGAGGGAACUGUUGAGUCGUUGAAGCAAAGUGAAUCUGAUCUGUCAGUGCUGAAAGAAAAAAUCAUUUCUAAAGAUGGAGAACUCUGCACACAACAACAGGAACUAGACCACCUUAAAAAUAAGGCAGACAAUCUGCAAAGGCAGCUCUUGGAGGUAGAAGGACUUUCACAACAACUGAGUCAGGAUGUAGCCUUCAAAGACAGGGAAGUUCAACACUUCAAGGUGGAGCUUGAACACAGGGAAGGAGAGAUCCAGUCCCUUAAGGUCAGCCUUCAGUCUCUGGAGGAAAAGUCCAGUGAAAUGCGUGACCUUCACCAGAAGGAAGUUGAAAAGCAGAGGCUUGCUAUCGCAGAACUGAAGUUGCAACUUGCCGAAGCUGAGAAACUUAUCUCAGAGAAAGUAAAAUCUCUGGAAGAUCUUGCCCAGCAGUUAAAGGAUUUAAAGGAAGAGCUUUCCAUCGAAAGGCAGAGAGCUGCUACCUUGGAAGUUAGUUUCAAGACUUCAAAAGAGGCCCAUGAAGUCCAGGAACAGACUUUAAGGCUGGAGGUUACACAGCUACAGCAGGAGAUUGAUGGACAUUUGAAGAAGUUGGAGGAGUCAUUCAAUGAGAUUAAUUCCCUCAAAGAAGAAAUGUCUCGCCAACAGGAUGUUGCACUCCAAAAAGAACGGGAGGUUUCUGUUUUAGCAGCACAAAACAAAUCUCUGGAGGAAGACUUUGCUCAGCUUCAGAAUAAACUAGCAGAGGCCACAACACUAGCUACAGAAAGGCAAAUUGAAUUACUCAGGCUUCAAGAGGAGGUUCAGCAUCAAGAGAACCUCAGAGCAAAAGCUCAGGAACUUGAGGAGACUCAACGUAAAGAGCUUCAAAGAGAGGUAACUGAACUUCAAGCUAGAGUUCAGGAACUUGCCAGUCUUGCUUCUGAGAGAGAAAUACAGCUUGGUUCUCUUUGUGAAAAGAUGAAAGAACAGGAAGACUACAACCAGAAACUCCUUCAAAAAUCUGAGGAAGCUCUUCAGAAAGAACUCGAGAACGUUGUAGACUUGAAGGGGCAGCUUGAAUCUGCCAAGAAUCAGACUGCAGCUAAAAAUGAACUUUUGGAGUCAACAGAAGAAAAGCUGAAACAAAUGGAGCUCAGGUACCAACAGAAAGAUACCCUUGCUAGUGAAGCUUGUCAAGCCAAGGAAGCUUUAGAGAGAACAGUGAAUGAGCUUAGCUGUAAGCAGAAGCAAGAUGUGGAUAGGUACCAGCAAGAUUUGGAGACCUUGAAAAAGGAGAAGGAACACCUGUGUUUGAUGAACGAAUCUCUCCAGAGUAAAUGCCAGGCCUUGCAGGCAGAGAGCAAGGAGCAACAGGAGACAUUAAAUGCAUUUAAGGCUGACCUGCAAAGCACACAAGAUGGAUUUGAGAGAUCUCUAGAAGCUCUGAAGAAGGAGAAGGAGCAUCUCCAGGAUAAAUGUCAGAGCUUGCAGACUGAGAACAAGGGACAGCAGGAGGCUCUGAAUACUCUGAAGGCUGAUCUUCAGAAAACCCAAGAGGAAUAUCAGAAAGAUUUAGACAUCAUGAAAAAAGAGAAUGAACAUCUCUCCUCAGUAAAGCAGUCUCUCCAGAUUGACUGUCAGAACUUGCAGGCAGAGAACAACAAUCAACAUAAGGCCAUGGACACUCUAAAGGCUGACCUCCAGAACACACAAAAUGGGUUUCAGCAAGAGGUACAAACACUGAAGAAGGAACAGGAACAUCUUUCCACAGUGAACCAGUCCCUUCAGACUGAGUGUCAGACCUUGCAGGCAGAGAACCAAAAACAACAGGAGAUACUAAAUGCACUAAAGGUGGAUCUACAAAAUGCCCAAGAGGGAUACCAGCAAGAGUUAGGAACCUUGAAGAAAGAGAAGGACCAUCUCACCUCAGUGAAUCAGUCCCUUGAGGCUGAGUGUCAGGACUUACAGACAGAGAAUAAGAUAAAGCUGGAGGAAUUAAAUGUCCUAAAGGCUGACCUCCAGAACACACAAAAGGAGUAUCAGCAGGAAAUAGAAUCAGUAAAGAACGAGAAGGAACAUCUCUCUUCAGUGACCCAGUCCCUCCAGAAUGAGUGCCAAACCUUGCAGGCAGAGAAAACUAGGCAAGAGGAGGAGUUAAAUGCCCUCAAGGUUGACUUGCAAGAAAACAAAGAUAAAUACGAAAAAGAUCUGGAGAUCUUAACGAACGAGAAAGAUCAGUUCUCUUCAGUGAACCAGUCCCUCCAAACUGAGUGCCAAGCCUUGAAACUAGACAACAAGGAACAGCAGGAGACACUAAAUGCUCUCAAAGUAGACCUGCAGAAUGUCCAAGAUAGGUACAGUCAAGAGCUAGAAACUUUGAAGAAAGAACAGGAACAUCUCUGUUCUGUGAACCAGACCCUCCAGAGUGAGUGUGAGAACCUACAGGUAGAAAAAACAAGGCAACAGCAGGAGUUGAAUGCCCUCAAGGCUGACCUGCAAGAAAGCAAAUAUAAAUAUGAAAAUAAGCUGGAAACCUUGAGGAACGAGAAGGAACAGCUUGCCCUAGUGAACCAGAACCUCCAGAGUGAGUGCCAGAACUUGCAGGCAGUGAAAACUGGGCAAGGGCAAGAGCUGAAUGCCCUCAAGGCUGAUCUGCAAGAAGGCAAAAAUAAAUACGAAAAAGAUCUGGAAACUUUGAGGAAUGAGAAGGAACAGCUUGCCGUAGUCAACCAGAACCUCCAUGCUGAGAAAACAGGACAACAGGAGAAGUUAAAUACCCUCAGGACUGAACUGCAAGAGAGCCAAGACAAAUUCCAAAAAGAUUUGGAGACUUUAAAGAAUGAGAAGAUUCAUCUUGCCUCAGUGAACCAGACCCUUCUUGAAGACCUUGAAGCAGCCCAGAAGGUGGGAGCAGAACUUGUCUCUGUCAAAGAAGUCGCUCAACAGCGAGAAAUCGAGCUUGAAAAUCAAGUCAAAGAACUGCAGGUAAAGAUUAAAGAAUUUUCAUCACUUACUGAUGAAAAAGAGAUUGAGAUACAAAAUCUUCACUUGGAAGUAAAGCAGCAAGAAGCUUCAAGGCUCAGUGCUGAAGAAUCUGAGAAGGCUCUAAGAGCUGAAUUGGAGGCAAAGGUUGCUCACCUUCAAGUCCAGGUUGAAGAAGCCUGUAAGCUUGCAUCUGGGAGAGAGUCUGAGCUGAGUCUGCUUCAAGAUCAGUAUCAGGAGUCUGAGAAGCAGAAGCAAGAUGUCUGUCAGGCUAACAAAGUCUUGGAGGACACAGUUUCUGAGCUGCGCCUCAAGCAAAAACAAGAGAUUGAGGAAUACCUUCAGCAGCUGGAAGCCUUGGCAAAGGAGAAAGAUGUCCUUACUACCACCCUCCAGGCUGAGAGAAAGGCACAACAGGAGGCUCUGGAUGACUUACAUAGUGGCUUGCAGCAAGAAGUGAAGACAUUGACAAAAGAAAAGGAGCACUUGUCUUCAGUUUACCAGUCACUUCAGAGGGAGUGUGACGCCUCCCAGAGACUCGGAGCAGAGUUGGAGGCGAAGCUGAAAGGACGGACUGAAUCGUUCCGGGCUUUGAAAGAGUCUCUUCAAAAGAAAGAGAAGCAAAACCAGGAACUACAGGAGCAACUCAAGGUGAAGACUGAAACGGUGGAGCACUACAAAGUACAGGUUGAAAAGGCGAAAACUCAUUACAACGGUAAAAAGCAGCAACUUCUGGAGGAACAGGAAGCACGUCAGAGCCUUCAGUCUGCUUUGGAAAGCAGCGAGAGUGAGGCAAAGGCCUUGAAGGCUGAGCUCAAGCUGGUCUCCAUGGAACUGGAGAAUAUCAAGGCAUCAGAGAAGAGUUUGAUGGUACAAAUAAAGAGCCUGGAGACUCAGUUGAAUUAUGCAGAUCGUCAGUUAAGAGAACAGAGGAAGCAGGGAGGUCAAAGUGUCCAGGUGAAACACAGAGUAAUUCCCAGUGAAAAUCACAGAAAUCCUCAGAGUGGCAGCUCAGACAGUCUGGACCUCGACCUGGAUGAUUCUCUGAAUGCUGAUGGCAGUAAACAGUCAGUACCUGGUGAGUCCAGUACUCCUUUGGUCCGAAGUUCCGAGCGAUUAGCAGCAAAACGGCGCGCUCAAGGUGAAGGCUCACUAGAGACCCUGUACUUCACUCCCAUGAUGCCAAGGGUCAAGAAACGUGAAGGUGCAUCCCAGGAUCACAAGCUAGAAAGCAGCAUCACGUCACUCGGAGAGCUAACUCUGGAUUCAGCGAGGAAGCUGAGCGCCUCAGCCCGGAGGCGACGCACCACACAGGUCAUCAACAUCACUAUGACCAAGAAAACUCCUCUCAGUGGUGCGGCAGACGCAGACGAGUCUUUCUUCAGCCUGCACUCUGCCCAGUCACAGCCCAAUCUGGCCUCACACAAAUCUCGCCCCGUGUCUGCAGAGAUCUUCGAGGAUCCCAGUAAACUUCUCAGCCUUCCUGGGUAUCGCCGUAGCAAUGCACACGUCAGCGUUCCUCCACGAGCCACAAGCGCAUUCUGUGUAGGAUCCGAGUACGAGCCAGACCACUUAUCUGAUGACUGGAUGAGAAUUGCGGAGCUGCAGUCACGGAAUAAAUACUGUUUACCUCACCUGAAGAGCAGCUACCCGCUGGAGGCCAGGGCCAGUCUGGGUUUCUCGCACCUGCCUGUGACUGAUGAGGAUGUUCGUACCGGUGACCCUAAUGAGACCAUUCGCCGUGCUUCCAUGAUUCCAUCCCAGCUCAAGGACUCUGUCGGUACUCACCGUCUCUCCCUAGCUCCACCUGCUCCGCCCACUCAAAGCCAUGCCCCCUCACAGCGUGCACCCCAGGUCUCCAAAGCUCGGGAAGUUCGAUCCACACGCAGCCCACUGGCUGCUAAACGGCCCGCAGGGCAAAUUCAAGACUCGGACACACCCGAGGCGAAGAAGUUAGUCAGCUGCUUCCCUCGAACUCCUAAAGGGAGGAACCUUCGAUCUGCCAACUCGCAGAACAUUGCACCCUCUCCGGCUGAUCGGAGGCAGUCCAUGGCGUUCGUGAUCGAUAAUACUCCUAAAAAAGCCGGUCGUGGUGACAGCAGGCUGCAGCGUGGCAUCAACAAACUCCGCAAAUCCCCACGCACGGCCAGCACAAAGUCACCGAAGAUCCCCAGCAGUGCAAAGAAGUUGAUGAAGUUCAGGAUGAAGAUGUGAGACUGUGCUCUUCCUCGUCCUCUAAACAUUGUGCAAUAGAAGCAAUGACAGGAUUUUUUUGUUUGUUUGUUUAAAUCCUGAAUGUUUGGUUGUGGAUUUUUUUUUAAAAUACUUCUUGUAUAAUUUUCUUUAUAUUGAAUCAGAGGAACUUCAUGGCACUUACUGCUCUCAUCUCAUUACCUGGAUUUUUUACUCUGUGUGUUGAGUGUGUUUUGCAGAGACCAAAGUGAUGUCUUCACUACAUUUAUUUUUUUUUUUUUUACUUUCCUUUCUUUCUGUCAUUACAGUCUAAUGCCUUAUCCACUGCUGUUUUUAUCCUGUGUCCAAAGGAAGGAACUGACCUCGCUGCUUACAUAUGCAGCUCUUUGACCAUCGUGUCUUCCAGCAUAUUCUCCGUGUUGUCUCGUGGUACAUCGUAAACCUGAUUAUGGGCACAUCUCUACAUUUAUAGCAGCUUUAAAUUAUGAGAUGAUUUUUUUAUUAGGUAAUGAAUAAUGCCAUGUUUGGUGAACAGGCUCACACUAUUUUGAUUAUUCCAGUACAGUUAUUACCACAGAGCUGUAUAUAUUCAGAAUGUGUAGAAUAUUGUUGUAUUUUCAUUGAUUUUCUGGGUUUUUUGCUUUCUUUCGUUCCCUUUGUGCAUUUUUAAAUGCUUCUGUUUUGUCCGUUUGGCUGAAAAAAGUGGAGCUGAGUUGAAACUCGCACCACUGACUUCUCACUUAACCUGUAUUUGUAUAAAUUGUACUUUUUCCUUUUUCAUCUAUUGUUUUUAAAUGUUUGUCCUCGUGCUUUUUCUAUUGUUUGAUUCAGUUUCACUUUUGAAGUUUUUCAUGUGCAGAAAAUAAACUCUCAGCCACUUGA